GCACCCUUUGCAGAUCCGGGGCUCGCGGACGAGCUCCAGGCGCUCGCGGGCGCCCUCGGUGUUCCCGUCCCCGACGCGGCCGCGGGGGCUGCUGGAGCUGGAGGCGCCGCUGCGGCCCCCGUGGAGCCGGCGGCUGCGGGACCAGGGGCCAGCGCUGCGCCGCCGCGUGCUGGUCCUGGGGGCGCUCCGGUCGAUCCGCUCGCCCGUGCCGCAGGCGCGGCGGGCGAGGAUCCGCGCGCCGCCGAGCUACGUGGACUCCUCCGCGCAGCCCGGGAGCGGAUGAACCACGCAAGGCCCGCGCUGCCGCUGCCGCCAGGCGAGGUGCCUGCAGCCGCGCUCACGGGGCGGCUCCGCGAGGAGCUCGUCGGGCGCAUCCUGGCGGCCGCGGACACGGAGGGUGGAGGAGAUCCAGGGGCGGCCUUCUGGGCCGUUCCCGACGCGGCCGGGGAGGGCCGCCGUGGGGAGCGCGACCGAGGGCGUCCCCCGACGCACGUCGUAGCGGCCAGGUUCCCCGGGGUCCUCGCGCAGCAGGCUCUCUGGCGAAUGGAGGGCCACAUGCGCGGGGUGGCGGCGGAGGACCUCCUCGGGGGGGGCCUCCUCGACAACGUCAUCCGGGCCUACCUCGCCACGUCGUUCUUCGGCGCUCGCCCGGCCGGGGAGGCCGCCGUGGGCCUCCGGAGUGCGCGCGAGCUGAAGACCAUCGCGGCCAUCAUCGAGGCCAUCCUGCAGGGCAGGAUUCUGACGGCCCUCGACAUCGCCGUGCAGAGGUUCAAGACGAUCGAGCUGUCCAUCGAAGAGGGCAACUGGACGAACGCGCGCUGGCUAGAGCUGAUCCCCGCGAACACCGUCGGGACGUACGACAGGGGGGACCUCCGGGACGCACGGCGCGAGGAGGAGCAGGACAGGGCCCCGCUACUAGGCGCCGCUGUUGGUGCGGAGGAUCGCUCCGGACUCGGGGAAAAGCGCCGGCGGGGGCAUAAGGAGGCGGCGAACGGGGAGAUCUGCGUCCACUCCGGGGUGCACAUCCUCGUCGGCGACCUCGGUUCGCGGACUUCGGCGGACGGAUCCGUGCACGUCGGAGGAGGCGCCCCGUCGCUCGGACUCCCGCGAUCGUACUGGGCUGAAUGGGGCGGUCACCCCAGGGCCGAAGCCCUUGAGCGGGAGGCGCUCCUCGGGCGAAGCCUCCGCGUUGGUUCACGGCUUGAGGCUGAGACGGCUAAGGCUCUCAUAGACCGCCUGGACCUUGGACGCGGCGCAAGCGAGCCAGUUCUCGACAUGCGAGGGGCGCGGCGCCGGUUAGCCGAGCAGCUCUCCACCGGGGCAUCGGUCGCGCAGCUUGGGGCCGUCCUCGUGGAGCACAUCGAGGGCAGACCCGGCGGCCUAGGUGAACUCAGCCGCCUUUGGCCGCGCGGCGCGUGGCUAGAUUUGGCCGGUCCCGGGGAGCUGCUGCCCGUGCCGCGGCCGACUUGCUCGACUGGCCUCGUUGCCGCGCUGGCGGCAAUCCGGAGCCGCCGCGGAGCCCCCCAGUCCCUUCCCCCCGUGAGCCGGGAGGUCGGGAUCGACGCCUGGGUCGAGUUGACCGCCCUGGUCACGAACUACGGGUUCCUGGGGGGCCCGCGCCUCCUCGCGAAGCUCCUCAAGUACCCAGCGGAGCCUUCUCCGGCACAGGUGCAAGCCUUGGCCCGUUUCCGGAGGUUCGCCACCAUCCUGGUAGACGAGGGGGGCCCCGUCAACCUCGCCCCGUCCGCCGUCGUUGAACAGCGGGCGUCGGAGCUCUAUUGGGGAGAGCAGGUGACGCGCGCAUUCCCGCUCACGCUUGACGGCAUCUUGCCCGGGCUUCCCAGCCCCGAGGUUGCUGCCCAGGUGGAGCUCGCGGACUUGCUGAGCGGCCCUGCCCGCGAAGUUCUCCUCGACCCCAGCAUCCUCAGGCUCCCCGAGGACGAAGUCCAGGAGCCGCUCCCGAAAGCUCGCGUCCUCGUAGAGUCCAAGGCCGAGUACUACAAGAUAUUGGAGGCAUUGUGCAAGUUAGGCGUCAUGGAGGCCGAGGUCCCGGAGGAGACGUGGGGUGCUUUCGUCAUCGAGGAGGCCGUCCCUGGAGAGGUCCUCGGGCCCCCUGGCUCCGCCUGGGCGCGGCCGCGGUUGCGAACGUGCCCCAUGGGCUGGGUCAACGCCGCGGCGUUCAUCCAGGAGGCGCACGAGAACCUCGUCACCGGGAAGGCGCCGAGCGGGGCUGGCAUCUCAGCUGACCUCCUUGUCCGCAUGGGCCACCGUGCCCCCUCGAGCGCAGGUCUGCCCCGGAACUGGUUUUCCGUUUACGUAGAUAACUGGGACCAGGGCAAGGUGGUCUUGGAGACGGAGGCGGAGAAGUACGUGUUCAAACCCAGCGGUGAGCAGCUCGCCGUCCGAGCUGCCCACGCUGCCGCCGGCGUCCGCCGGGCCCCAGAGAAGUCCGCCGAGGGGGCCAUCAAUUGGGAGACGCUCGGAGCGCAGCUGCGGGGGGCCGACAGGCUCGUCGGCACGUCGCCAUCGCGGCGCCCCUACUGUCUCGGGCGCGCGCUGGGCCACCUCACCGCAGAGCGCGUGCGCGAUGACGACCUCCUCUCGGACGUCGGGCGGAUCACCUUCAUGAUGCAGUUCGGCCGCGGCUACUUCUCUUUCCUCGGCCGGAUCUUCCGCGAGCUGUCGGUCGGGCGGCUGCCCGGGCCCCUCGGCGGGGACGCGGCGGACGAGUUGCUGGCGGUCGUUCUCGCCACGCCCCUCCUUUGGACAGACCUCGCCGCGCAGGUGUCCGGGGAAGUCGUGGCCACCGACGGCUCUGAGACGGGUGGAGGCGCAUGUGUCUCUGCUGGCUUUUCGCCCAAGGGGGUGGCCCGUCUCGGCGCGCUCCGCGCCGGCGCGCCCGCUUGCCCCUCCGACAUUCUCGUCGUCAGCGUGUUCGACGCCACGGGUGGGGCAGCAAUGGCCCUCGAUCUGCUGGGCAUCACGCCUUGUGGUAUUAUCGCCGUCGAGCCGUCGAAGGUCGCCCGCGGCGUGGUCCGCGCAGCCUGGCCGCAGGCCUUCUGCUACCCCGACGCCUCCGCCGUCACGCACGAGGAGGUUCUCAAGUGGAGUAGCUGGUAUCCUCAGGCCCGCCGGAUUCUCCAGUACAGCUGCAUGGCGCGGAUCGGCCCGGACUCGAAGGGGCCCAUCUCUCACCUCGAGGUGCCGCUGCGCAUCUCCGAGUCCUUGCGGCGGCACGCUGCUUGGGGCGUCGUGGACCUCAUCGAGUACGAGGCGACCAUCGCAGAGGCGGACGUGCAGGAGGUGAGCAGGCAGGUCGGCCACCAGCCGAUCCACGUGCAAGCUACUGCCGCCCUCCCCUGCGCCCGGGAGUCCUUCCUCUGGGUUCGCGGCUUCCGGCCGUGCGAGGCUUCCGAUUUCAGGCCCACAGGUUCGGAGCGUGGUAGGGCAUUCUGGACAUUCUCUUUCUCUCGUACGCCGGCCGUGCACGACUUCCUCGAGUCUGGGGCCAGGCGCGUCGCCAACGCAGAAACGCCUUUCCAGCCGUUCACGCCGCCGGCGCCGCGCCCCGCGCCAGGGCGGCAGCCAGAGCGUCCUGCGGAGGUUUUUGAGAAGGCGUGGAAGCGCUGUGUCCACGAUUUGUUCAGGCACCCCACACACCACUACGAGGAUAAGAAUCUGGUCGCUGACCGCCAUGGCCCCCGGCGCUUGAAAGCUGAUGAACAGAUUCGCAUGCUGGGCUUCCGCUGGGGCCAUUUCCGGCCCGUAGAGCGCCUUUCCUCGAAAACCGGCCUCGAGGAUGCCAAGGCCGAGCUGGUCAGCAGCGCGUGCCCCAUUGUCAUCGCGCGGAUGGUGCGGGACUUCGUGCUCGUGGCGUCCUCGCCGCAGCCCCCGGAAGGCCUGCAGCGGGGUUGCAUUGACGAUCUUUGGACUACAUGGGCGAGGCUCGAUUCGGAGGCGCAGCGCGCUUCGACGCGCAAGUGGACCGAGGCGCACGGCGGCCCCGCCAUCUCGGCUGCUCCUGCGCCAGCGUCCGCAGCCACCGAUUCCAGGCUCGCGCCCGAGGCGGAGCUUGUCCAGGAAUUCAGCCGGCUUGCUGAUCACUGGGGGUCAGACAUCCGGCUUGACGCAGGCCUCCCCCAUCGCUUCGAUGCGUGGCCCCGGGCUCCUCUUGACGCAGGGCUAUGGACCUGGAGGGUUGCGCUGUCCUACGCGUUCCGGAACCAGCAACACAUCAACGUCUUAGAGGCUACUGCUGUCUUGGACUUCUUGCGCUCUCAUCUGAAGCUUCCCAAGCACCACGGGAAGCGCAAGCUGUUCCUCUUGGACAGCCAGGCGGCCAUCGGAGCGCUCACGAAAGGGCGGUCCUCAUCCAACAACCUCAACCAAGUGCUCCUCCGCAUUGCUGCCAUCAGCGGAUUUGCUAACUUCCGUGCCUUCUACGGGUGGGCGCCGAGCAAGGGCAGCCCCGCAGACGGGCCAAGUCGGUGGAAGCGGCGGAGGUUGGAGCACCCCUGA